UCAACUAAAAGGUUAGGUUGGUCUUUAUCUGUGGUCUUUACCUCACAGAAGGCCAUGAGUACCUUUGGCUAUCGUCGGGAGCUGAGCAAGUAUGAGGAGUUGGAUGAGGAUGAGCUGCUUGCCUCACUGACAGCCGAAGAGCUCCACGAACUGGAAAAGGAGCUGGCCAAUAUUGAACCAGAUGAUAAAGUCCCCAUUGGACUAAGGCAGAAGGACCAGACAGUUAAAACUCCCACGGGCACAUUUAGCCGAGAGGCUCUCCUAAAAUACUGGGAGAAAGAGACACACCAGCUUCUCGAAAAUGAAAGGAUGGGGUGUUCAAGCCCCCAGUUUUGCUGUAGAUUCCAAGGUGAUAAAAACAGUAAAAAAGAGAAUAUGACAGAAAGCAACAAUGAGGACUCAGAAGAGGAGAACAAAGCUGAGGACAACAAAGAAAAGGAUGGUUGUGUAGAUGAUGAUGAAGAUAAUGAAGAGAAAGCUGAAAUAGAAGAGCCAAUUACUGAAGAAGAAGAAGAAGAAGAAGAAGAAGAAGAAGAAGAAGAAGAAGAAGAAGAGAUUGUCAGGAGGCAGGAAAACAACCUCAAAAGGGAAAGUGUUCCUCUGCAUAACAUGUACAACAGUCACUCAAGCCCCAAGCCAGGGGUUUCUGUGAGGAGAAAUUCACCACAGGAAGCAAACCAGUUGUCAGGAAACCCCACUGUACUGGAUAAGGCUCUGGAAAAGAUCCUCCAUGAUGACCCAGACACCACUGAAGUCAAUCUCAACAAUAUUGAUAACAUUUCCCAGGAAACCCUGAUCUGCUUCACAGAAGCCCUGUGCUCCAACACACAUGUGCGGGCUUUUAGUCUGGCAAACACUCAUGCUGAGGACCCAGUAGCCUUUGCAAUUGCCAAAAUGCUGAAGGAAAACUGCCACAUUAUGAACAUAAACAUUGAGUCUAACUACAUCACAGGAAAGGGUAUUCUAGCACUGGUACAAGUGCUUACACACAAUAGUACACUAACAGAACUACGCUUCCACAACCAGCGCCAUAUCUGUGGAGGUCAGGUUGAGAUGGAGAUGGUAAAAUUCUUGAGAGAGAACACCACCCUGCUCAAGCUUGGCUACCAGUUUGAUCUGCCUGGCCCUCGAAUGAGUAUGACUGGCAUCCUGACACGCAAUCAGGAUCUUCAAAGGCAGAAGAGGAUGCAAGAACAGCGUCAGCAGCAAGGAGGUGCCUCAACUCCUAUUAACCCACGCACAAGUGCACUACAGAAGAGAACACCAACAUCUUCUCCAUAUGGGUCUCCUCGAAGUUCACCAUGGUCCUCUCCAAAGCUACCACAUAAUGACAUGAUAAAAAGGAAUCCUCAAACAGGUGUUCCACCACCUCCCCCACCACCACCUCCUCCCAAACCCCAGAACAUCACUGAGAAAAGACGUCCGACCAGAAAGAUUGCGGAGGUGAUCAAACUUCAAGAAGUAAAUGCCAAAAAACAGCAGGAUCAGGGCAAAGGCAAGUGUAAGUCCAAAAAAGGGAAGAAAGGGGUUACCAAGGAAAAUAGGACUGAAAGCAUCCUUAAGGAACUGAAAAAUGCACUGAGACCCAUUGCAGAGAGAGACAUUUCCAGACCAUCUACACCAAUGCGGUCAGCUCAUGAUGAACUCAUGGCUGCUAUCCGAGCAAGCAGUAUCAAAUCCCUGAAACGGGUGGAAGUUCCCCAGUAUCUUUGAUAAUGUGGCCAAAUACUUUGUACCAAGAAAGGAAGGAUGCACCAUUGCCACACAUCAUCUCCAAAGAUUCCUUCCAUAGCAUGAUAAUCAUACAAAAUACUCGAAUGAAUCUGCAUUGUUAGUGCACACUUGUUCACUUCAUAUUUUGAUUAUGAUCUAAUCACAAGUGCAUACUGGACCAUAUUCAGGACUAAGUUAAAUUGGGCAAGUGCUUCAAUAUCCACUGGAGCUGUAUGAAUUCCAAGGACCCUAGUUUGGUCCUGAUUCAAUCUGGGUUACUGUCUACAAGAAGUUUUGAAUGUUUUGAUGUCUGCUUGGGUUUCCUCCCUUGUCCCAAAAAACAUACCAGUAGGUAACUUGGCUAUGCUAAAUUGCCCCUAUGGGUGAAUGACUGGAUGAAAGUGUAUCAGAAUGUGUGUGUGAUUGAUGGCCAAUAAAAACCAAUCCUGCCUUGCACCCUACAUUCCCAGGACAGGCUCUGGAUCCACUACAACUGUAAAGCACAUAGAAGAUGAAUGAUGAAUGAAUGAAGGCCAUAUCCAGAACAACAGCUUUUAACUUUUUAAUCUGGAUAAGUCUCUGCUGAUAUGUCAUUUGAACUGAUGUGAAAAAGUGAAAUGAAAAUACCAGAAAAAGCUGAUGCCAUAGAAGAAACUUUGUUGUUGUUUUCCUCAGUUUGUUUUUCCAUAAUUUAAGGUGGCAGCAAUAGGAUGGAAAGGGAAACAUUUAAGUACAACAAAAUAGUUAUCAGGGGCGGCACGGUGGUGUACUGUCAUCUCACAACAAGAAGGUUCUGGGUUCGAGCCCAGUGGCCAACGGGGGCCUUUCUGUGUGGAGUUUGCAUGUUCUCCCUAUGUCUGCGUGGUGCUCUAGUUUCCCCCACAGUCCAAAUACAUGCAGGUUAGGCUAAUUGGUGGCUCUAAAUUGACCAUAGGUGUGAAUGGUUGUUUGUCUCUAUGUGUCAGCCCUACAAUGACCUAGCAACUUGUCCAGGGUGCACCCUGCCUCUCGCCCAUAGUCAGCUGGGAUAGGCUCCAGCUUGCCCAUGACCCUGGACAGGAUUAUGGAUAAUGGAUGGAUGGAAAAUAGUUAUUCUAUACUAUAGCAGUGCUCUAAAGAAUGGUUCUGGAACAUUUAAUUUUUAAGGGUGUCAGCUUAUGUCAACAACUCCCAUGGCUCACCAUGCAAAACUUUUGAACUACACUUUAUUCUAACAGGAAGUCAACUUCAUAAAUAACCUAAUUUAUAAGAAUAAAUUAGGUUAUUAUUACAACUACAAAUUAGAAAAAGUUGGGACAGUAUGUUGAAAUUGAAAUUAAAACUGAAAACAAUGAUUUAUAAAUCAUAUUUGAUCUGUAUUGCAGUCAAACCAAUAUAGCAGUACUUAUUUGAUGUUUUACCUUCUGAAUUUUUACCCCCCAAAAUAAACAAAUUUUGAUUCUUGCAACACAUUUCAAAAAAGUUGGGACAGUAAAGCAUUUACCAAUUUAUAAUUUUGCCAUUCCUUCACACAACACUUAAAAUAUGUUUAGGGACUAAAGACACCAAGUGAUGAAGUGUUUCAGGUGUUAUUUUGUCCCAGUCUUCCUGCAAACGGGUCUUAAGUCAUUGUCAUAUUUUUCAUUUUGAAAUUCUCCACAUGUUCUCAUUUGGGGACAGAGGGGACAAGCAUCCUCUUCUUCCACAGUCAUGCCUUUGUAAUGAAUAGAGUAAUAGAGAAUGUCGUAUUGCAAUGUCGUUUUGAACUAUGUAUCCGUGUCCCUGGAAAAAAUGUCGUCUUUAAUUCUUUACCCCUUAAAGCAGUUGCUACAGCCACCCUUGUAUAUGUAUAUACUGUUCACCCUGAGAACAUAUUUACAAGAAAAAAAGUCUAAAGACAAGGUUUUGACAAGGUUUUAGACAAGGCAUCAUAUGUCAUCAUUAUGGGAUAUACACGGGGUUGUCAUAUGUUGUCAUUAAGGGGUAAAGAGUUAAAGCAGCACAUGUUGCUCCAAAAUCUCACUGUACUUUUCUGCAUUAAUGUUGCCAUCACAGAAGUGUAAAUGACCUUUGCCAAGGACACUGACACAACCCCACAGAAUGACACACCCUGGUCUUUGGACUUGACAGUCUGGAUGGUCUUUUUUGUGUUUGGUCUGGAGCUUCCAAAAGUUAUAUUUGUUCCAAAAAAGACCUGGAAUACUGAUUAGUCUAACCACAAUACACAUUUCCACUGUGUGAUUGUCCAUUCCAGAUGCCUACGAGCCCAAAGAAGUCGCUGGCACUUCUGUACACAGUUAAUGUGAGGCUUCCUUUUUGCACAGUAAAGUUUUAACUGGCAUUUGUGGAUGUAACUCUGUAUUGUAGUGCUUGACAAAGGUUUGCCAAAGUAAUCCUGAGCCAAUGUAAUUAUAUCAGCUACUGUAUAGAUGAAUGCUGGUUCUUGAUGCAGUGCCAUCUGAGGGAUUGCUUGUUCCCUUGCCUUUUACACACCAAAAUUCCUCCAGAUUCCUUGAAUUGUUUAAUGAUAUUCUGCACUGUAGAGGGUGAAACAUCCAAAUCCCUUCUUUCCUUUCUUUGAGGAACAUUGUUUUUAAACAUUUCAAUAAUUUUCUCAUACAUUUGUUCAUAAACUGGAGAUCCUCGGCCUAUAUUUACUCCUCACAGAUUAGACCUUUCCUGGAUAUUAAUUUUGGACCAAAUCAUGAUUACAAUCACCUGUUGACAUCACCUGUUAAAAAUCACAUCAUGAAUUAAUUGUUUUACUAGCCCUAAAUUGUCCCAUCCCAACUUUUUUUUGCAAUGUGUUGCAGACCUUAAACAAAAGAAUAGAUGUAUAUUAAUAAAUAAAAUGAAGAUGACCAAGAAAACAUUAAAUAUCUUGGGGUCAUUCUGUCUGCAAUGAAAUACAAGUCAAAGUCAAUUUAGAAAUCACUGAUUUUUUUUUUUUGCAUUUUCCUAACCAUUCCAACUAUUUCUUGUUUUGGGUUGUGCUAUUUAUAUUAGAUUAAAAUAUUGCUGGAUAAUGGAAGCAAUAAACAAUAAAUGGGAAGGCUAAAGUAGGCUAGCUAGGUUUGUUUAUAUUUUGACACAAAUAAGAGUAACAGUUUCUAAUAGCUUUGCAUGGAGUCCUAUCUUUAGAACACACUGAUAAAAACAAAAGAAUAGUUCCAAAAUUUAAUUU